UGCACAUGUGUGCUGAGGGUCACUUCAGAAAUGCCAGGAGAUGGGAGAUUAGGACAGCAAGUUUCUUGCUGCCCACCCUGUGGUGUUUCCUAAACCUUGGUGUUCAUGACAGCGCAAUGGCCCGAUGGUCCCUUGUGUGCCAACAGGGCCUACCUGGGCAGCUGGCUCCUGGUCCACAGGGCCUCGAGCCAUUGCACAUCGCAUGGAUGCUUUGAGGGCAAGCAGAGACGGUGGCCUCGAGGCUGUGCCGUACGCAUCCACAGCCCCGGGAAGUCGCGGGCAUCAGCACCUGGGCUAGACUGCUCCGAGGGCUCGGGUAAUUUUACGGCUCCAGGUACUAUUUGCAGUGCAACUUGCUGGAACGAGGGACACCUAAUGUACCCGGGCACCAGCCGACGGCCCGGAGGGGGCAGAGCUGCCCCCCGCUCCCGGCGAGCUGCCGGGACAGCCGGGCCGGGGCGCUGGCCCUGGCCGCCCUCAGGGCAUCGCCCGCAGGCAACGCCGGGGGCUGCCCGGCCCGGCCCGAACGCCGGGGGCGGCCAGGCAGGAAGCGCGGAGGCUGCCGCGGGCCGAGUGUCACCGCGGCGGGCCCCGCCUCUCCGCGGGCACAUAAAGGUGCGGACGGCCGGCAAGCUCCUUCCACACAGCCGCGCCGCUGCUGCCUGCGCCGCCUCCCUUUCUGCCUCUGCUCGCUGGGGAUCGAGGGCGAUGGACGCCCGCUGCCUGUGGCCCCGCAGCCUGCUGCUCUUCCUUGGUUACCUAUUGCAAACAAUCCUGGGCACAACAGUGAUCCCAUUAUGUGGGCCUGGUGAAAUGGAGAACUGCACAACAGCACUCAUCCAGACAGAGAACAGCCCACGUGUGGCCCAAGUUGGGAUAACAAGAUGCAAGCCUGAAAUGAAGGACUACUGCUUCCAUGGACAGUGUGUGUACAUUGUGGACUUGGAUGAGCACUAUUGCAGGUGUGACGUGGGCUUCUCCGGAGUGCGGUGUGUGCACUCGGAGCUCGUCCGGCAGCCCCUCAGCAAGGAGUACGUGGCACUGACUGUCAUCGUGGUCCUGCUCUUCCUCGCUGCCCUCUCUCUUGCCAGCUACUACAUCUGCAGAAGGUACCGAAACAAGAGGAGACAAACAAAUGCCAGUGAAUACAAGGAAGUUGGUGCCCUAUAGGAGAAACUGUGGCUUCCUGCAGUGUUCUGUUCAUCUGGAUGGACUCGGUGGCUACCCAUCUAUUUAAAUGUUAUUUUUAUUAAUAAUAUUUAUAACCUUUCAAAAAUUUCAAUGGUUUGGUAAUUCAAUAAGCAUAGGUCAAGCAUUUUAUUUUCAGUGUUUUAUUUUUUUAUUAAAUAAUAUUUCCUAAAGGGAAUCCCACCUAAGUGGUUCUUUGGGAUAGAGAUAUAUUUUUAUAAAAACUCAUCUUCUUGCUCUGGAGAGAAGAAUUUUAUAUUUAUUCUUGUGAAUAUACUCAAAGCAAUUGUACUCCUUGAAAUAAAAGUUCU